GGGCAGACGGGCGGAUGUUCUGCUCCUCUCUGACCGACACUCCGUCAACUUGAGCGGACAGAGACGCGAGCGUGAGCCCCUCCCGGCUACCGGCCAUCCGUGUGCCUGGGAAGUCCAGUCUCGCAGACCCUGUAGCUGACUGGCUGGAAAAAAAGCUGGAGGUGUUUUGUCUGGAUCGGAAACUUGAAAUUAAAUCAGUGUUAAUUAAUUGCGACAUUUAAAAAUGUCCAUAUUACCGUUCACGCCUCCCAUAGUGAAGAGGCUUCUCGGUUGGAAGAAGGGGGAGCAGAACGGCCAAGAGGAGAAAUGGUGCGAAAAGGCGGUGAAAAGUCUGGUGAAGAAGUUGAAAAAGACCGGACAGUUGGACGAGUUGGAAAAGGCCAUCACGACGCAGAAUGUCAACACCAAAUGUUUAACCAUACCAAGAUCAUUAGACGGCCGACUCCAGGUGUCGCACCGAAAAGGUCUCCCUCACGUGAUCUACUGUCGCCUGUGGCGCUGGCCCGACCUGCAGUCCCACCACGAGCUGCGGGCCAUUGACCAAUGUGAAUACGCCUUCCAUGUAAAGAAAGACGAAGUGUGCGUGAACCCCUAUCACUACCAGCGGGUUGAGACGCCAAUUUUGCCACCUGUUCUAGUUCCACGCCAUACUGACAUCCCAGCAGAGUUCCCGCCGCUGGAUGACUACAGUCCCUCCAUCCCUGAGAACACAAACUUCCCUGCUGGCAUUGAACCACAGAGUAACUACAUACCUGAAACUCCCCCACCCGGGUACCUGAGUGAAGAUGGCGAGACGAGUGAUCACCAACUUAACCACAGCAUGGACACAAGUUCACCCAGCCUCUCGCCCAAUCCUGUGUCACCUACAAACAAUAAUUUUGACCUGCAGCCCGUGACGUACUGCGAGUCCGCCUUCUGGUGCUCCAUCUCCUACUAUGAGCUCAACCAGCGUGUGGGAGAGACCUUCCACGCCUCCCAGCCCUCCCUCACGGUCGACGGCUUCACCGACCCGUCCAACUCGGAGCGCUUCUGUCUCGGCCUGUUGUCCAACGUUAACCGCAAUUCCACCGUGGAGGUCACACGCAGACACAUAGGCCGGGGCGUCAGGUUGUACUACAUCGGCGGGGAAGUGUUUGCUGAGUGUCUCAGCGACAGCGCCAUCUUUGUCCAGAGUCCAAAUUGCAACCAGCGCUACGGAUGGCAUCCCGCAACUGUCUGCAAGAUCCCUCCAGGUUGCAACUUAAAGAUCUUCAACAACCAGGAGUUUGCCGCUCUCCUUGCUCAGUCGGUCAAUCAGGGCUUCGAGGCGGUUUACCAGCUCACCAGGAUGUGCACCAUUCGCAUGAGUUUCGUCAAAGGAUGGGGCGCCGAGUACAGACGUCAGACGGUGACCAGCACCCCCUGCUGGAUAGAGCUGCAUCUGAACGGCCCUUUGCAGUGGCUGGACAAGGUUCUCACACAGAUGGGUUCUCCCAGCAUCCACUGCUCCAGCGUGUCUUAAGAGGCAGCCACGAGACCACGCCGGUUUUUCGUUCUCUCGGUGCAGAGAAGGAAAGAGACGGUAUUCAUCGGAUCGGCCUCCCUUGCUGUCACUUUUAACUUCACACACACACACACAC